AUGCCUGCGCGAGCCAGGCAGCGCUGGAAGAGGGCAUCGCAAUCCACUCGCGAGCAUCGGGUUCUACGGCUAUGGCGGCGACACCCUUGUGGCCAACGCCCUCGUCACGCUCCUGGGCAAAUCCGGGAGCGUGGAGGGCGCCAAGAGCGCCUUCGAUCGAAUUCGCUCCAAGGACGCCGUGUCGCUCAACAGCAUGAUCGCGAUCUACGCCCCGAGCGGGCAAGCGUCAGAGGCACUGCUGAUGAUCCAGGCGAUGGAUCUCGAGGGUGUGAAGCUGGAUGGAUUCACAUUCGUGAUCGCGGCGGAUGCCUGCGCGAGCCAGGCAGCGCUGGAAGAGGGCAUCGCAAUCCACUCGCGAGCAUCGUGUUCUACGGCUAUGGCGGCGACACCCUUGUGGCCAACGCCCUCGUCACGCUCCUGGGCAAAUCCGGGAGCGUGGAGGGCGCCAAGAGCGCCUUCGAUCGAAUUCGCUCCAAGGACGCCGUGUCGCUCAACAGCAUGAUCGCGAUCUACGCCGCGAAUGGAUCCGGCGAGGCGGCGGUGGAGGCGUUGCGAUCCAUGGCGGCGGAGGGCGUGAGCCCCGAUUCCAUCACAUUCAUGAGCGCGCUCUCGGCGUGUAGCCACUCGGGACUACUGGAUCUGGCCUGGGGGCUCUUCCCGUGCAUCGCUGGAGACUAUGGGAUCGCUCCAGCGAUGGAUCACUACGUGAGCUUGCUGGAUCUGCUGGCUAGAGCUGGGAGGAUUGACGAGGCCGCGGAUUUGAUCGCCCAUAUGCCAUUUGAGCCGCCGGUGCUGGCGUGGACGAUACUACUGGGCGCUUACAAUGCGAUGGGGCAGCAGUCCAAUGCCGUGGAGCGAUCGAUGGAGCUAGAGCCCGAGAACUCGGCACACUAUGUCCUUCUCUCCAAUCUCAGGAGCCCUAAAAACAGGGGUAGGGUUUGAUUUAAAGUUUGGUUUUUGGGGGGAGCGCCAUGGAUCCAAGGAGGGGAGCGGCCAUGGAUUCAAGGGGUGGACGCGAGAAAAAGCAGCGCCGGGCGGCGACCGAAGAUCUUUGGCGAAAAUCCGGGUAAGUGUAGUGGUUCUUUCGAUUCAUUGAUUAUUCGUUGCGUUUGCCAAGGCAUUGCCAAAUGGAUGUGGAAGCUGUUCUCAAGUUCGUUUGGAGAUUUCUUCAUCGAUCUUAAUCUUCAAGACCAGCGAUGUUUCUGCUUCGAGAUCAGUGAUCGAUGUGGAAGCUCCUCUCAAAGUGAGUGGAGCUUCUCCAGAGCAGCGAUGCUUGGAGAUUGUCUACUGAGAAGCGGCUACAAUCACGUUCUUGAGUUGCCGAAUGUUUUUCUCGAGGCACUUUUCCUCACAAUCUCCUUGAGAGCUUCGGCUCUGCGUCUCAUUGUUUUUCCUUCUUCGCCAUUCAUUACAGCAUCUAUGAUCUUCUCCAA